GGACUGUGAAACGUGUGGUGGUAGGUCUGUCUUCCGGUGAUCUGCAUGACAGCACUGAAAUGCUUGGAAUCUCCAAAGUAAUAAAUACCUUGUUGACUGCUCCUGAUUGAUGGCUGACAGACUCAAGGAAGUUUCAUGGUCGGGGCUGAUCAUCGCAGACGUUAAAUGGGAUUAGAGGAUCAGUCCGAAACCCCAUCCAGGAGAGGAGAGGGGCGGAAGUUGAUCACCAGAGGCCAGUCCUUUUGUUGAUGUUUUGAGACAGUGUCAUGGACCCCAGGCAGUCCUCAAACUCUUUAUGAGUGCCAUAGUCACAGUGCCUCUCCGGAGAUGUUAGAGGAUAUAGGAAGUGAAGGGUUAACUGAGAUGGCAACUCCGAUGCAGAAUUCAUGAAGAUGUCAUCUAUGAUAGGGCUGGACUUCCCAGGAUACAGUUGUUCUCCAAGAGAGAAACCAGUAGGAGACAAGACAUGACAGUUGAACUAAUGAAAGCCAUGCUACAGGAAGCAGUGACAUUUAAAGAUGUUGUGGUAGACUUUUCUCAGGAGGAAUGGGAGUGGCUGAAUCCUGCUCAGAGGAGUUUGUACAGGACCGUGGUGCUGGAGAACUAUCGGAACUUGGUUUCAGUGGGAGCUUGCAUUUCCAAACCAUCUCUAAUCUCCUUAUUGGAGCAUGGGAAGGAGCCUUGGGAGGCAAAGGGUCAGGUGACAAGAAGCACGGUACAAGGUGGAGAAUCUGCACAGGAGACACAAGAAUUAUCUCUGAGGCAGCUGGCCUUUGAUGAUGUGUCAGUGGAGAACAUUGCAAGUCUUGGUUGUGAGUCUCCCACUUCCGGAGGAAAGCAGAAAUGCAAAGGCCUUUUUGAUAGACAGAUUAUGAAUCAAGAAAUAUUUAGCUUGAAAGAAACAGUCACUCAUAAAGGAACUCACACUAAAGAAAUAGGCUACAAACACACCAAAUCUUUAAAAUCUGCCCAUCUGGAUAGUGUAGAAGAGAAUAUUUAUACUCACAAGUCAAAUAAGAAAAGCUUCUCCAAAAACCCCAAGGUACGAAAAUACAAGAAAAUCUGGGCAGGGAAGAACAUUUUUAAAUGUAAUGAAUGUGAGAAAACCUUCACCCACAGCUCAUCUGUUACUGUUCAUCAGAGAAUUCACACGGGUGAAAAACCAUAUAAAUGUACAGUCUGCGGAAAGGCCUUCAAGCAGAGCCACCACCUUGCUCAGCAUCACACAACACACACCCACGAGAAACUCUUUGAGUGUAAGGAAUGUAAGAAAGCCUUCAGCCAGAAUUCAUACCUUCUUGUACACCAAAGAAUUCACACGGGAGAAAAACCAUAUAAAUGUAAGGAGUGUACAAAAUCCUUCAGGCAGCCUGCCCACCUGUCCCAGCAUCACAGGAUUCACACUGGGGAGAAACCCUAUAAGUGUAAGGAAUGUGGGAAGGCCUUUAGGGACAGUUCUACCUUUGCUCAACAUCAGAGGUGUCACAAUGACAAACGGCCCUUUCAGUGUGUUGAGUGUGGUCAAGCCUUCAGAUACAACAUGUCCCUAACUCGUCACUUCAGACAUUAUCACACUGGAGAGAAGCCAUUUGACUGCACUGACUGUGGGAAAGUCUUCAGUGUUCACAUAGGACUAACUCUGCACAGGAGAAUUCACACCGGAGAGAAACCAUACACGUGUAACGUGUGUGGAAAAGCAUUCCGCAGUGGGUCAUCCCUGACUGUACACCACAGGAUUCACACCGGUGAAAAACCUUACAAGUGUGAUAUCUGUGGAAAAGCCUUUAGCCACAGCAUGUCACUCACUGGCCAUCAAAGAGUACACUCUGGAGAGAAACCUUAUAAAUGCAAGGAGUGUGGGAAAGCUUUUCGGCAGAGUAUACACCUUGUUGUUCACUCAAGAAUUCAUACUGGAGAAAAGCCCUAUGAAUGUAAGGAAUGUGGGAAGGCCUUUAGAGAGAGUUCCCAGCUGACCACUCAUCAGAGAAACCACACAGGAGAAAAACCUUUUGAAUGUAAGCAGUGUGGUAAAUUUUUCAAAAGAAGUACCUAUCUUGCCAGACAUCAGAAAAUCCAUACAGGAGAGAAACCUUAUGAGUGUAACGAAUGUGGCAAAACCUUCACGCAUACUGCCUACCUUAUAAGACAUAAGAGGGUUCAUACUGGAGAGAAGCCUUACAAAUGUACCGAAUGUGGAAAGGCAUUUGGUGAUGGCUCUUCCCGUGCUCAGCAUCAGAGACUUCACACUGGUCAGAGGCCCUAUGUAUGUGAGAAAUGUGGAAGGGCAUUCAGAACAAAGUCAUCCCUUAAUUGCCACCAAAGGUGUCACACUGGAAAGAAACUGUAAAACCGUGUCCCCCACAGCAAACCCUUUAACCACCUACGAACCUGUAGCAUUCAUCAGAGAAUUUAGCUUCCAAUCUGAUUCUUCACUGUACUCUAUGUGGAAGAGAUCACACAAGUAAAAGAGUUCUUAGGAAUGUAAGGGAUGGGGAGAAGUCUUCAGCAAAUGUUCUUAAAUUAUCCAUCAUUGGUGAGUUCUCGAUGCAGUCAUCUCAGGCAUCCCUCUAUGUCACUAAGUCCUGUGCCUAUACCUGCUAAGUAUUUCCAUUUAUUUUUGUUCCCAUUAGCCUCCUGAUCCAAAAUACAACUGUUCCGCUUGGACUUUUUCAAAUGUCUGUAAUUUGUCUUGUUUCCUUCAAGUUUAUUAUUCAUCUACUUUACAGUCAGAAAAAUCCUUUUUGAAAAUAUAAAUAUUUAUGUAACUCUUCUAA